AUGAUCAUUGACGAACACCCAAUACCGAAGAUCGAACAUCUUUUUAAUAAAAUGAGAGGAGCUACGCUCUUUUGCCACCUCGAUAUCACGGAUGCAUACACGCAUCUUCCCAUCGAUGAAAACUUCCGAAAUGUCCUUAUACUGAAUACUCCAACGCACGGACUGGUUCGACCAACGAGGGCGGUUUACGGAGCUUCCAACAUCCCGGCAAUCUGGCAGAAACACAUGGAAAUCAUUCUUAAAGGCUUGUCGGGUGUCAUCAAUUUUUUCGACGAUAUAAUUAUUUCCGCUAACGGAUUCGACGAGUUGUUAUCAAGACUCUCGGCAACACUGGACCGUUUGAGGACCCACGGUGUACGACUUAAUCGGACAAAAUGUGUCUUCGCCACUCCGACCUUGGAAUGCUUGGGACACAAAAUAGACGGUCAUGGUUUACAUAAAUCGGACAAACACAUCGAAGCCAUUCGUGAUGCACCUCAGCCAGCAACCCCGGAGCAAUUGCAGUUGUUUUUAGGAAAAGCUUCGUACUAUAGCGCGUACAUUCCUAAUCUCUCCGAUAGAACGCGCCCAUUGCGAGACAUGCUACAUACAGAUCCAUUUAAAUGGACACCGAAUGCAGAGAAGGCAUAUCAGGACAUCAAAAAAACCUUGAUUUCACCUCAAGUAUUGAUGCAAUACGACCCAUCUCUUCCGUUGAUCCUAGCCACAGAUGCGAGCAAAACAGGCUUAGGAGCAGUUCUCUCACAUCGACUUGGAAAUGGACAGGAACGACCGAUUGCAUACGCCAGCCGUACCAUGUCCACCACUGAACAACGAUAUCCCCAGAUCGAUAAAGAAGCUCUCGCCAUUGUUUGGGCAGUGAAAAAGUUUUUCUAUUAUCUAUACGCUCGUAAAUUUAUUUUAAUUACAGACCACAAGCCGUUAACACAAAUUCUGCAUCCUGAGAAGUCCCUUCCAACGCUCUGUAUUAGCCGUAUGGCAAACUACGCAGAUUAUCUGGCCCACUUCAAUUUCGACGUCGUCUUCAGACCUACAAACCAGAAUAUAAAUGCCGAUUACUGCUCCCGGAUACCGUAUCCAUCAACGCGGAACGAAGUCAACAAACUGUCCUUUCACGGGGGAAGAGAUGGUAAUGAAGAAGAUGGAAUUGACCGAUUUGCCCUACACCAAAUCCAACAGCUGCCAAUUCGCGCGGAACACAUAGCGAGAGAGACACGCAAAGACUUUCAUCUCGGCAAAAUAGUGCGGGAGUUGGAAACAGGUCGCAAUCUCGCACGUAUUGGCUACAAGGCCCCGGAAGCGAACUACACACUCGCCGCCAACUGCUUACUCUUUGAGCACAGAGUAGUUAUACCUCCGUUAUUGAGACAGUCAAUCUUGGAUGAUCUACACGCAGCUCACAUCGGUAUAGUAAAAAUGAAGGGCCUAGCGCGAUCCUUUAUCUACUGGCCAGGCAUAGACUCGGACAUCGAACGGACUGCAAAAUCAUGUGUGGAAUGUGCACGCCAUGCACAUGCCCCGCCAAAGUUCAGCGAUCAUCACUGGGAGUAUCCAAAGGGGCCGUGGGAGCGAGUACAUAUUGAUUAUGCAGGUCCAGUCGCAGGUGCGAUGCUGCUCGUCAUCGUCGACGCGUACAGCAAGUGGCUGGAAGUUAAAGUCACCAAUUCAUCGACUACAGGCACUACGAUUCAAAUUCUGGAUGAGCUAUUCGCUACGUACGGAGUGCCGACAACCAUCGUUUCAGAUAAUGGUACACAAUUCACUGCUGCCGAAUUUAAGUGUUUUCUACAAAAAAGCGGAGUGACAUUUCACAAGCUUUCAGCGCCAUACCACCCUGCUACAAAUGGUCAGGCAGAACGUUACGUCCAAACGGUGAAAGAUGCCUUGAGAGCGAUGUCAACUACAAGAAAUUCAUUACAAACGAAUUUGAACGAAUUUUUACGGCAGUACCGUAAAGCGCCCCACACGACCACCGGAGAAUCACCAUCCAAGUUGUUCCUAGGACGCAAUCUGCGCACUCGCCUCGAUCUGGUGAAACCACAAGAUACUAUAAUGGUAAACAUUUCAAACGCCAUGUCGACCAAAUUCGACCCUGUCAUCAAAACGAGGUACGCCAUUCGCAGGACCAACAUCGAGACACCACAUCUCGUCAUAUACAUUUUUACGGAGGAAACUCCACACCCCAAACAACACCGUCAAGUCCUGGAGCAAGAGACAUCCCCGCAUCCCCUUCAACUGCCACAUCAAGUCCUGGAGCAAGAGACACCCCCGCAUUUCCUUCAACUGCCUCAGCAUCCCCGGAACCAGAGUUUAUAA